AUGAUUUCUAUCACUUUGUUGUUCUUUUCUUUCACUUCCUCCUUUUCUUUUUGCUCUUCCUUCUUUUUCAGUAAAUUUCGUUAUCGCCCUUCUCCUUUUUCUCUUCUUUCUUCUCCCUUCUGCAACGUAUUCUUGUUUUUCUUCCCCUCCUCAUCCUCCUCUUUCUUCUUGCACACACUUCUCAUUCAACAAUGUAUCCUUCUCUUCCCUCUUCUACUUCAACUAUUCUUUCUUCUUCAUCUUUUUCUUCUCCUCUUCCUUCUUCUUGCUCUCCCUUUUUGUCAACAAAUAAUCCUUGUCUUUCUUUCUCAUCUACUUCUUGCCCACUCUUUCUCGUCAAUAACUAUUCUCUAUCGUCCCUUUCCAUUUCUUCCUCUUUGUUCUCCCUUCUUCAGAUUGUCUUUCUUCCCCUCCUCAUCCCCUUCUUUCUUCUUGCACUUUCUUUUUCAACAACAUAUCCUUCUCUUUCAUCUAUUCCUUCUACUUCAUCCUCUCCUUGUCUUUCUUCAUCUUUUCCUCUUACUUCUUGCCUGCCCUUCUUUUUCAAGACUUGUCAUGGUCUUCCCUCUCAAAGACACCCCCCUCCUUCUUGUUUAUCAUCUACUACUGCUACCCGACUUCCUCCUUUUUAUCUCCUCAUUUCAAGCUCUUUUAACAUCAUUUGUCAUAAUAUUCUUUCUCCUCUACUCGACCUCUUCCAUCUUCUUUUCCAGCUUUCUCUUCCUCUUCUUCUUCCACCUGCUCCACAUACUUCCCAAUUUCCUCCUCCUUAAUCUACCCAUUCUUCACGUUUCCUCUUGCUCCCCCUCCUUUUUCAACAAAUUAUCAUUGGCCUUCUCCUGUCCAUUUCUCCCUUCCCUUCGUUCUAUGCGUUCUUCUCCUUCUUUAUCUACUCUUGCUCCAUCUUUCUUCUUGCUCUCCUCUCUUUUUUUUACUCGUCGUCUUCCCACUUUAUCUUCUUUCUUUUCUUCUCUUCUCCAACUUCUUAAACUCCACUUUCUACCCUUUUCCUCUUCAUAUACUUUUUCUUCACUUUUCUUCUUUCUCUUUCUUUAG